UGAUAAUUGCAUACCUUAUUAUUCAUUACAUUGUAACUGAAAUAAAUCAAUAACUAUAUAAUUUUCAUUUAUAGAUUAUCUAAAAAUUUAUUUUCUCGUUUUAUGUAUAAAAAUAACCCUUACACAAUUAUCCGUUUGUUUUCCACUUAACACACGGCAGAUCAUUUUUGUUUUUUUGAUAUUAAAAUAAUUUUACUGUAUAAUUGCUUUACAAAUACAUAAUGCCAUUUCCAAUUGGUGUAGUUCAACCCGUAUUUGUUGCACGGAAUGUAGUCAACCAAGCAUCGAGUUAUGGCGUUACAGAUUCAAAACUUAAUGAGUUAGAAGUUUUCUCGAAUUGCACUCUUGCUAAUAUAAUACGUCAGUUAUCAAGUAUAUCAAAACAAGCCGAAGGUAUGUUCGGUAAACUUACUCGUGAAGCUCAAUCGCUUUCCGUCCGUGCUAACUCGUUACAAAUUAGAUUAGACAGAUUAUCCAUCAACACAAAACAAUUAAAUAUUGAUGAUGAUGAAGAAGUACCUUUACAACUAAUUCAUGCGAGAAAGGAUUUUAAAAGUGCCGUUAUUUUCAACCACCAAAUAUUUUCAAGAGAUACAAUGCCGACGCAGUUGUUUGAAAUGUAUUCGAAAUGUGAUAAGCUUCCUCCUCUUUAUAAACUCAAUCAUUACCGGGAAGAUGGUCAAGAUUGUAUGAAGUUUUACACGGAUCCGAAUUAUUUUUUUGACUUGAAGAGAUUAAGCACGCCAAUAGACGUGGAACAAUUUACUCGUGGCCGAGGAGAAAACCGUAAUGGAUCGCUGUCAGAAGGCUAUGAAUUUGGCCGACGUGCAAACAAGAUUGUUAAACGACCGUACAGUACAAGAGAACGUCAAAAACGGCUUGCUGUUCAAAACGGAGAACAUAUUAUGUCUGAAGACGAUUACAGGGCAUAUCGUCGGGCGUACGCGUCGUGUAACGGUCCAACACGGUUAGACGAUUAUUGCCAAUACACGGGCGAAACAACAAAUCUAUUCGGUACCGGAGGAACGGAGGUUGAGCAAACGCAACGCGGUGCGGAUCGGCCGAGGAUCAACAGUGGUUCGAACGAAACGUCAGUCGACCAAACGGUUCGUGGUCACGGGCCGCAUUCCAACCGGAAGAGAUUACCUCCUCCGCCGCCUCCUCCGACCGUGAACGACUCGCGUUCAACCGAAUCAUUACCGUCGUUCACAGAGUCCGGUGGUUGUUCGUCGGCGAACGUUCCGCCUGCCCCGCCUUUACCGCCGCCGGUGCUCGAUGCGCUCGCGAUGUUCGCCAAUAGAUCGGUAAAACGAUCGCUGUCGAUACAAUCUGUUCCCAGUCACGUAACACAUUUGGAACCGUCGGUGCCACCAGCCGUCCACUACGACGCGAGACAGCGGAACGACGAAACCAUUGUCGAUGCUGCAAACGAUACGGCCACGAAAGUCGGGAGCGGAAUCGCGGAAAAAACGCACGAAACGGAUUUCUUCGAUUUGCGUGUUGAUCUGCUUAAAGCUAUUAAAGACGGCGUUAAGCUGAGAAAAGUGAGCAGAGAUAAACAAAAAGAAGAAGCAUUCGAUUCCGAUUCAUUCCGUUGUGUUGAUUUGAUAUUGUCACGUCGCGUAGCUUUUGAGCAUUCAGAUUCGGAUUCUUCGUCGAAUAAAGGAUAUGACAGUGAUAGCUGUGUUAAAGAAAUGUGCUCGAAUACAUCGAACAACAAAAGUAACGAAACUCCCAGGAAGUCAUGAAUAAAUUACGACUAAAAACGCAUGCAUUGAUUUGAUAUUACAUGUAUAUUUUGACGUUGGGGUAUUGAGCUAAUUAUGUCCGUU